AAUAUAAAUUCAAAUGAACAAAAGAAGUGUGUAGGAUAUCUGGUCACCAUCAAGCAAAUUGAAUUUUUAUCUGUUUUAAUCGACAAUCAAUGUUUUGACACAGACCCCACGUUUAAAGUCUAAUUUGUCAACCCCAGGGUCGAGUAUAUACCUUUUCGUAACACGUCUAAUGAAAACACUCAAGGUUAUGGAUGACAUUGUUGUAAAACUAACCGAUACAUGGAUUCUUCUGGUUUUUAUUUUUAUUUUGACAGCCAUAUUUUUAUGGAAACGGUCUCGUCGUCCCUCGGACUUACCACCAGGACCAACACCGCUGCCCUUGAUUGGGAAUUUGUUGUGUUUAUUUGGAGGAGACUUUAACAAUAACAAGACAACUAUCACAAAAGUAUGGACGGAUGUACAGUUUGUCAUUAGGACCAUAUUGGGCUGUUUUUAUUAAUGAUACACGCACACUUCAUGAAGCCUUUGUUAAACAUGCGGAUAUAUUUACUGAUCGGCCGGAUGUAUUUUUCUUCACGAAAAUUCUGGGCGGCAAAGGGAUUAGUGCUCGGAGUGGUGCUUCAUGGAAAGCUCAGAGAACUUUUACGAUAAACGCUUUGAGGCAUUUUGGAUUUGGUAAACGAAAUAUGGAAUCAAAAAUUCUCGAAGAGGUGGCAUUUCUUAUGGAAGUUUUAGAAAGCAAGAAAGGAAGUCCUGUUAAUAUUGAAACUAAUGUCAGAGAAGCUGUCUCGAAUGUAGUUUGUUCCAUCGUAUUUGGCAAGAGAUUUAACUACGAUGACAAGAUUUUUCAGAAACUUAUGAAAGACUUAGAAGAAUUUUUUUCUAACCCUUUUCUACCUAUGGUUAAUUGGAUUCCGUAUCUACAUUAUGUUAGCUACAUUUACGAUGUGUUUGGGACACAAAAAUGUAUCAAUAUUAUUAAAGACUUAAAAGUCCAGAUUGCCAACAUUAUUGAGGAACAUAAACGUACUUUUGACGAAGAUGACUUGCGAGAUUUCAUAGACGCUUAUCUAUUGGAGUGGCAAAAUCACACGCGUGAAAACAAAAUACAAUUCUCAGAGGACAACCUAGAGGCCGUUGUACUAGAUCUGUUUGGUGCUGGAACUGAGACAACAUCAAGCGGUAUCCUAUGGGCAAUUAUUUUUCUUGUUAAUAACCCGGAUGUUCAACAGAAGAUGCGCAAUGAAUUGACGGAAGUUGUUGGUUCCAAUCGUCAACCGUUGCUUACCGAUAGAAACAACCUACCAUACUGUGAGAGUGUUAUAACCGAGACAUUACGUCUUGGUAAUAUUGUACCCUUUUCACUCCCUCAUACGGCCACUGAAGAUUUUGUGAUAAAUAAUUACAAAAUACAAAAAGGGUCUAUUGUGGUUCCCAACAUGAACGCAACCUUCCAUGAUGAGAAUAUGUUUCUAGAUUCCAAUGAUUUUGAUCCAAGCAGGUAUUUAGAUGAAAAUGGAAAGUUCAACGAAAGGAGAGAGAAUGUUAUGCCAUUUUCCCUUGGUAGACGGGUUUGUCUAGGUGAGUCUCUAGCGAGGAUGGAGUUGUUUUUAUAUUUGACAGCAAUAGUAACUCGAUACAAAAUCAUGCCAGUAGGACAACUACCGCCCAAGGUAGACGGAAAAGUAGGAACAACGCAUUCGCCGACACCCUACUCUGUACGAUUUGUUGAUUGGUAAUAAAAGACAGGAUAUCGGCGACAAUUUCCAUUAUUUAAUCGCUGAGAAUAAAAAUAAAUUGGUACGGUAAAAGACAUUCCUUAAUGUACAUACAUAAAGACUUAAACUGAAGAUGAAAUUUAGAUCCUAAGAAAUUAAAAUUCUAACGCUGACCUAUUACUAAAUUUGUGACCUCAGUCCUUACAUUAUGCGUAUUACAUAAUUGAUAAAGGAAUGAGUGUACAUAUUGAAACCAAAUUUUCUGAUAAGAUUAAAACACUUUUUUUCUCGUUUGUAUAUGAAAUCUUGGAUUAAUAAAACAAAAUAUAAAUAUG